UUUUUCCCCUCCUAAAUAAACAAGCCCGACCCGAUCCGACCCGACCCAUCAAUACUCGUGGUCCAGCCCUUUGCUUAAACCCUCAAAAAAAACCCCAAUUUGGAAACCUUCUUCCGUCGUAAAUCAUUCAGGCCGCCGAGAGGGGUUUCCCCGAGCAACCAUGACAAGAAGAAGCGCAAUUUUCACUUCCCUGAGACUGGCAAACUCGUUCUUUUCGACUCGGUCGCUAUAUCCCCAGGUGACUCGGUUUUCACCUUCUUCUUCUAUUUCUCAUCAAUCCCUCAUCCCCUGUUUCAGAUGUAAUCAUCGUGUUCUGUUUUUCUCGUCGAAGCCCCAUUCGCUUCUCGAGCUUGUAUUGGCCAACGAUUGGUCAGAAAUGUUAGAAUCAGAAUUAGAGACUUUAAACCCUACACUCACACACGAAACUGUUGUCUAUGUUCUGAAAAGACUCGAUAAACAACCCCAAAAGGCCUCGGAUUUCUUCAACUGGGUCUGUGGGAAAAAUGGGUUUACUCAGAGUUCUUCGAUUUAUAGCAUUUUGCUUAGGAUUUUUGCUCAAAAUGAGUCGAUGAAGCAGUUCUGGAUUACAUUAAGGGUAAUGAAAGAACAAGGGUUUUACCUAGAUGAGGAAACUUAUUUGACCAUUUUUGGGGUUUUGAAAAGCGCAAAGAAGGCCGCAGAUGCCACGGCUCUGACUCAUUUUUACAAUAGAUUGCUGCUAGAAAAUGGCAUGGAUAGUGUUGUGCGGAAGAUAGUUAAUAUUGUUUUAGGAUCAGAUUGGAGUAGUGAUAUUGCUACAAAACUUGAGGAGCUUGGCAUUGCAUUGUCAGAUAAUUUUGUGAUUAGAGUGUUGAAGGAACUUCGGAAUUCUCCUUCGAAAGCCUUGAGUUUUUUUCAUUGGGUUGGUUCUAGGCCGGAUUAUAAUCAUAACACAGUUACAUACAAUGCAAUUGCCAGGGUCCUUGGACGGGAUGAAUCGAUUGAGGAGUUUUGGGGUGUGAUUGAAGAAAUGAAGAAUGCUAGUCAUGAGAUCGACAUCGAUACUUACAUAAAGAUUUCCAGGCAGUUUCAAAAGAGCAAGAUGAUGGGUGAUGCUGUCAAGCUUUAUGAGCUUAUGAUGGAUGGGCCAUACAAACCCUCAUUGCAGGAGUGCAGCAUUCUUUUGCGGACCAUCGCUGCUGGUGACAAUCCAGAUUUGAGCUUGGUUUUUAGAGUCGCCAAGAAAUUCGAGGCUACAGGGUACAGUCUCUCCAAAGCUAUUUACGAUGGAAUUCAUAGGUCGUUGACAAGCGCGGGAAAGUUCGAUGAAGCGGAGAAUAUUAUAAACUCUAUGAGAAAUGCAGGAUAUGAACCUGAUAAUGUUACAUACAGCCAACUGGUGUUUGGACUUUGCAAGGCCAGGAGACUUGAGGAAGCUUGUGAAGUGCUGGAUGAGAUGGAAGCACAAGGAUGUAUUCCUGAUAUCAAGACUUGGACCAUUUUAAUUCAAGGAUAUUGUAAUGCCAAUGAACUUGACAGUGCUUUAGUUUGUUUUGCAAAGAUGAUAGAGAAGAACUGUAAUCCAGAUGCUGAUCUUUUGGAUGUGUUGAUUAGCGGUUUCCUUGGCCAGAAAAAAUUAGAUGGUGCAUAUCAGUUGCUGACUGAGUUGGUGAAUAAGGCUCAUGUAAGACCAUGGCAAGCAACAUACAAGCAGUUAAUUGAAAAGCUUUUAGAAGUAAGGAAACUUGAGGAAGCUAUUGCCCUUCUUAGUUUAAUGAAGAAACAAAAUUACCCACCUUUUUCAGAACCAUUUGUUCAAUAUAUCUCCAAGUUUGGUACCGUGGAGGAUGCUGUUGAUUUUCUGAAGGUUCUGAGCUUAAAAGAAUAUCCUUCCAUGUCUGCAUAUCUUCAUAUUUUUAAUUCAUUUUUUAACGAAGGCAGAUAUUCUGAGGCCAAAGAUCUGCUCUUUAAAUGCCCACAUCACAUUCGAAAGCAUAGUGAAAUUUGUAAGCUCUUUGGAUCUGCAGAAAGCAAAAUCACUCCUACCACUCAAUCUUCUCCCAACCCCAUUGGAACUUGAAUAAUCACAUAAUACAAAGAUCAAUAGCACAUCAGAUACAAUUUCUUGUGGCUAUGUUCCUACUUGUUUUUAGUCAUGAGAUUCAGUUAUGCCAUCGAGGAUUAAAUCAUCAACAGAAUGUUGAAGUGUAGAUGAUUUAAUUUGCAAAAAACCAGCAGGCUUGUCAAUCUGGUGGAAAAAAGGUGCCUUAUGCUGUGGUCUUUACCUUCUUGAUUCUUUAAAGCAGUUUGAUUCAUUGGUUCAUACACUCAUCAUAAUUUAUCUGCUAUGUAACACAGUGACAAAAUGCGAGUCUCUGGGUUUAGGAUGAGAACAAUACAGACUUGCUUUCUUCCAUUUUCUUUUAGACCCUGUACUUCUGUUUACAUUCUUCAUUUGUAUUGCAAUGCGCCAUCGUGUGAACAGGCGCUGAUAACUUCUUUCAUUUUCAUAUUUGAUGAUAAAAACUUCAAUCGUCGAAGCAAAUGUGAUGUUAACGUUUGAAGGGUUUGCCAUUUUUUUUCUGUUCUUGUAUAAUUGCAUCUGCUUAUAGUUGCACGAAUCAAGUUCUACAAUAGCUUGAGAGGGUUUAAGAAAUAUUAUAAGCUGAAAUUUAUG